UAGACGGCGCUUGGUCUCGUGCUUACAUGCAACCACACAUUUAUAUUCUUUGAGUACACGAGUUGUUCGGGAACCGCUGUGAGUGAGCGUGAUGUUUGAUAAUGAACAUCGGGGGACAAUAUGAAUAUUUUGAUUUUGUCACCAUGCUCAAUCAGAAUUAUGUGGAGAUAACAGCUUCGAAGACAUAAUAUUGUACUGGUUAAUUGAUAAUGUUACCGUCCACUGGAAAAUUUAAAGAAAUCAAUUGCCCGUUUUUUGACAGUGGCCUUUGUGAGCGACCUUACUGCCAUUUUCGGCACGUCAAAAAAGACUCUUCUGAACUUCUUCAGUCACCGGCAAGUGCAGUAAAUACAGUAAACCCAACAUUAUCUUUGGGAGAUAAUGGUGAAAUUCUUCAGCAAUUAGUUUCUGAAGCAGUCAGAAAAGUUCUAGAGCAAACAGAUUUACCUAGUGCCUUAGCACGCCCAAGUGGAUCAAAUGCUGUGGAAAGUGUUUCUCGUAAUUUAGUAACAAAAGUUACAGAAGUUCUAGCACCCCCUCUUGCUGCAUCCACUUCAUCACAACAGACGUACAAUGUACCUUCACCACAACAAAAGGUACCAUCAUAUAAACCAACUCCUAUAUCUGUUCUGAAAAAUCGUCAUAUUCCUAUUCCAUAUUCACCCAGUCUAACCAAAAGUAGUACUGUAUUACGGAAGAGAUCUAGUUCUGAUGAAUCUAGUAUUAUUCAAAAGAAAUUGAAGAACCAAGAACUUGAUGAAAGUGGUAAAUCAUCUGUUACGUUUUCAUCAACGUUAGCCACCAAGGUUUAUGAACCAAGUAAUGUGUCAGGUAUUGAACCAGACAGUGUACUGAAUGUUAGUGAUUCAUCCCAAUACUCUCCAGCUCCUGUAAAGGGGUGGAAAGAUAACGGAUUUAAAUAUACUCCUAGUGCUAUUGAGACCCUUACACAAAACACCUAUGUUCCAUCUAGUAGUAACUCUGCUGAAUUGCCCAUUGCAGAGUAUGAACCCUCAGAAAAGUCAGAGUCAUCUGUGGAACCAACUUAUGAACCUCUUGCUACUAGUGGGUUUGCAGUGGACAAUGCUUCAUAUGAGCCCAGUCUAGUAAGUAAUUCAGAACCUGAAUAUCAACCAUCCUAUUGUGAUAAAACUACCAAAGAGUAUGUUCCAACUGAUAUCUCUAAGUUGGAAGGUUUAGCUAAUGCAGACUUGGAUAUUAGUCCUGAAAUAGACUUACUUCAUGACUUAUUGCAUGGGGAGUUAAUUGGCAGUGAUUCUGAGGAUACAGAGAAGAGAAAGAACAGUGACAGUGAAGACCAAAUUAAGCAUUUAGUGUCCGAUGCAAAAACAUCAUCAGUUGAGAAAUUAAAGAAUGAAGUUGAAAAACACAAAAGUGAAUACAGUAAAAAAAAAUCGGAGAGUGACAGGAAGAAAAGUGAGGAUAGGAAGCGGACUGAAAGUGAUAGGAAAGAGGAUACUAAAAAGGAAAGUGAAACUGAUAAAAGAAGAGACAGUAGCAAAAGAAAAAGUGAUAGCAAAAAAAGUGAAUCUGCCAGUAGCGGUAAGAAAAGGACAGAAAGUGAUAGGAAGAAAGAUGAUGGUGAUAAGAAGAAGAGUGAUAAUAGAAGAAAAAGCGAACAUAAUGAAAAUGAUAAAAAAAGGAGUGAUGAUAAGAAGGUAUCAGCAGAGAGAAAGCAUAGUGAACAUCGUAAAAAAGGUGAAUCUGAUAAGAAAAAGGGGGACACUUUGGGUGAAAAGAAGAAAAGUGAAAAUGAAGUGAAAAAGAGUGAAAGUGACAAGAAAAAAAGUGUAUCUGGGAAAGAUAGUAGCAAUAAAAUUACCUCCAAUACUCAUAAUUCCAAAUUAAGUGUGAAUAGUGAACAAAAAAAUAGUGAAAGGACUUCGUCUAGUAGUCAUUCUGAACACAAACACAGUUCAAGCAAAUCAGUUAGUGAGAAGAAAAACCAUGAAAGUAAAAAACAUAACCACAGUCACAAAAAAGAAGGUCAUAGUAUUAAUAGUCAUCAUAAACAUUCUGAAGAAAAGGUUUCAAAAACUGAAGAAUACUCAAAAUCAAAAACUUUGAAUUCAAAACGUAAAUCUGAUGCUAUUGUUCUGGUGAAUUGGAAGAAAAUGAAGUCAUCACAUAAAGUUUCAAAACCUGAGAACAUCAAAGAGCCUGGGAAUGAAUUUGCAGAUGAAAUUACUCAUGGCAAUUCGGUGUCGGAUAGUGAGGUGAGCGACGCUGACGACAUUCUAAAUAAUGUCACUUUACCUUGUGACAUGUGGGUUAGCAGUUCGGAUGAAGAUGAAGUUACAAAAGAAUGUUAUAGAAUAUUUCAGGAAUAUGAACCGAAUAGUGUUGAAAGGAAACCUAAGCCAACAUACAAGGUUUAUGGGAGAUUCGAAAAAGACAUCCUACAUGCAUGCCGUACCAAGCAGAGUGGUAUAGAACGUGUCUUGAUUGGCAUGAAAGAGGCGAGAAAGAUCGUUUUACGUAUGCGAUUGGAAAGCUGCCCGUCGGUUCCGCAACACGACGAAGAGGAAACUCCAGUACCUGUGAAACGGAGAGUCGCUCACGAAGGUGCCCAGAAUAGCAAAUUAUUGAAACCCCCCGUCCGACGCCCUUCAAAACCGAAUCCAUCUCAGAUUCUUUCAGAACGAUUCCAGAAAGUCCGAGAGAGCCAUGCUCAAGUGCUUGCACAGGCACAGUUGCAAGCACAAAUGCAGACUCAGGCACAAGCGCAGGUGUCCCCUCACUCGCAGAGUGUUCUUGGUAGCCCACCAUCCAUGCACCAGAGGAUAAGUGAUGGAAAAUCUUCCGCAUCUCAAUCUUCCUUUUCAUCUUUGCUUUCCUGUGCUGGGAGAAAACGUAUUGCACAUGUACCCAAUGUGUCCAUAAUGUUGGAUGCCAAACUGAAAAUGCAACAAAAAUUGAAAGAAAAAGCAGAAUCAGCUGAGAAAGGGUUGGGAGCUUCCACAAAGGCCCAAACAGUGCAAAAAGGGGUACAACGUGUUGCUCAUGUUCCAUCUGAGCAAGUGUUGACUCGACCAGUUGUGAAAGGUGUUGGAGGCAAGAUACCUUCCAAUGUCAGGCAGACUUACCUGGACCUCCUGGUGGAUGAGUAUAUUAAAAUCUCUUCUAGUAAUCAAGAGGCCUAUGAAAAGGCAGAAGAAGAAGAGAAAGCUAUUUACUCUCGAAGUACAACACGUGCCGUUUAUACCAGUCAUGUAUCAAAUACAAUCAACAGGCUUCGGAAAGCAGCACAUAAUAACAGCGCAUCAACAUCAAGCAAAGGAGAUGGAAAAAUUGUAAAUAGGACAGUGUCGCAUACUUCCAUGCUAGCUGGGAAAGUGGGCACAAAGGGAUCUUGGAGCAUUGAAAAGCCGAGGAAGCCACCUGCAAGUGUGGUCAAUAAAUCACUCUAUGAAUCAUUAUCACAGUUCAUCAUGGCUGAAGAACAACUAAAGCAGAAUGGUUUUCCCAUGAGCCAUGAUGAGGAGAAAGGUGUUGCAGUGAUUCAUAAUUUCUAUAAAAAGCCAUUUGUUCCUAAGACCCCUUCACAGCGAAUGUGUGCACGGUGCUCCAAGAUCUAUUAUGUAAAUCAGCAGGGGCGUGCUGUCAAAGAAGAACUCUGUGUGUAUCAUUGGGGACGACUCUUCCAGAGCAAAACAAGGGGUGGUUGGGAAGCUAGGUACAAUUGCUGCCAAGGUCAUGGAGAUGCUAUUGGCUGUUCUGUUGGCAACUGUCAUGUUUCGGACAACUUUGACCCUAACAAUCUUCGAGGGUUUGUAAAAACUUUGCCAAAAGAAAAAGCACCACCUGAUGGUGACUAUGGUGUCUAUGCCUUAGAUUGUGAAAUGUGUUACACGACUGUGGGUCUAGAAUUAACAAGGGUCACUGUCAUUGGAAGUGACCUGAGUGUUGUAUAUGAAAGCCUUGUGAAACCUGAAAGCACUAUACUUGAUUAUAAUACUAGGUUUAGUGGCAUCAAAGAAGAAGACCUUGAAAAUGUAACUACAAAUAUUUAUGAGGUGCAAUCUGUUCUCCUUAGUUUUAUAAAUGAUAAGACUAUUCUCGUUGGUCACAGUUUGGAAAGUGACUUCAAGGCUUUAAAGGUAUUUAUUGAUUUUUUCACUGAAUGAAGAGUAUAAAAAAUGCAUGUUGAGUCGGUCACUUUGAGUUUAUUUGAAAUGGCACAAUUUGUUUUGAGAGUCUUGUUUGCAUGCAACACUCACAAAGAGUAUAACU